ACGAUUCCGGUAUAGUAGUCGUACGGGAGUUCUCGAAUUGAUCAGUAGCCCCAUUUUUUCCGAUCUACAUAAUUACGUAACAUGUGUUCUAUCCGAUUGUUCGUUCUUUUGGCCAGCGUGCUUCUGGCGAGUUCGAAUCCUAUUCUACCCGGUGUUCAACAAGACGAUAACUUCUUUUUCAGUCUUAGUCAUAACGAGCAAUCAGCUUUGAUGUCAAUGAUUGUGGAAGCCGCAGGUCGUGUUGCGGCUCAAAGAAGUGAAGGAUCUUCGAAAAUCGAAAUCGAAAUGCACAUACCCGAGAUCGUCAUUCAACGCAUGCGGAAACCUGAUUUCAAUAGCAAGAUGUUGGCAAGGUGGAUCGGUCGUAGAUGGGACUUAUCAGAGCAAGCAAUCACCGAUCUUCAUUUGAAAGGACGAGGAUGUAGCCCAAGAAUAUGUCUGUCAGUCACAAGUCGUUCAACACUUGAUGACACUUGCUGUCCUUUUGGCAAAUAAACGCAGCAUUUUUCUUUUUAUAA